GCGGUCCGGCAGAUAUCACCUUAGCUACUAGUCUGCAGACUGGAUUUCAACUCUUGUUUUACCUCUCUUGUUUCGCAAGCAAGCUCCAGAGCUCGAAGCAAGGAUCAAUGGCGCCCGAACCUGAGGAGGAGAUCAACGAGAAAAAUCCUCGUCCCCUUGACGAAGAUGACAUCGCUCUUCUCAAAACCUAUGGUCUUGGACCUUACUCUACCAGUAUAAAGAAAGUGGAGAAGGAAAUUAAGGAAAUGGCCAAGAAAGUCAAUGAUUUAUGUGGUAUUAAAGAGUCCGAUACUGGUUUAGCUGCACCCAGCCAAUGGGAUCUUGUCUCUGAUAAACAGAUGAUGCAGGAGGAGCAACCGCUGCAGGUUGCUAGAUGCACAAAGAUAAUUAAUCCAAAUACUGAAGAUGCAAAGUAUGUCAUAAAUGUUAAGCAAAUUGCGAAGUUUGUUGUUGGACUGGGAGACAAAGUUUCCCCAACUGAUAUUGAAGAAGGCAUGCGUGUGGGGGUAGAUCGGAAUAAAUAUCAGAUUCAGAUUCCACUACCCCCAAAGAUCGAUCCAAGUGUAACGAUGAUGACGGUAGAAGAAAAGCCUGAUGUUACAUAUAAUGAUGUUGGUGGAUGCAAAGAGCAGAUUGAAAAGAUGCGAGAAGUCGUUGAGCUGCCCAUGCUUCACCCAGAGAAAUUUGUAAAGCUUGGAAUUGAUCCCCCUAAGGGUGUUCUCUGCUACGGUCCUCCUGGAACUGGUAAAACACUCCUAGCUAGAGCUGUAGCCAACAGAACUGAUGCUUGUUUCAUUCGUGUCAUUGGAAGUGAGCUUGUUCAGAAGUAUGUAGGAGAGGGCGCUCGAAUGGUUAGGGAGCUCUUUCAGAUGGCACGCUCAAAGAAGGCCUGCAUUGUCUUUUUUGAUGAAGUGGAUGCCAUUGGUGGUGCACGUUUUGAUGAUGGUGUGGGUGGGGACAAUGAAGUUCAGCGAACCAUGCUUGAAAUUGUUAAUCAGCUAGAUGGGUUUGAUGCUCGAGGAAAUAUCAAAGUUUUGAUGGCAACAAAUAGACCAGACACACUGGACCCAGCACUAUUACGUCCGGGACGGCUGGAUCGUAAGGUUGAGUUUGGGCUACCUGAUUUGGAGAGCAGGACACAGAUAUUCAAGAUCCACACAAGAACAAUGAAUUGUGAGCGAGAUAUAAGGUUUGAGCUUUUGGCUCGACUUUGCCCCAACUCCACUGGGGCUGACAUCAGAAGUGUGUGCACGGAGGCAGGGAUGUUUGCUAUAAGGGCACGAAGAAAAACAGUGACCGAGAAAGAUUUCCUUGAUGCAGUUAAUAAGGUCAUCAAAGGCUAUCAGAAAUUUAGUGCAACGCCCAAAUAUAUGGUGUACAACUGAGCUGCUAUCGUCAUUUCAAAUUGAAGCAUAUUAAAUGCUACAUUUAUCCAAUAUUAUCAGUUUACCUGUUUUUUUUUUGAUAUUUACCAGUAGUUGGGGUAAUUUCAAUGUUCAGUAGUGCUUGUAUUUGAUCUUUCCCCAUCAAACAAAUGGUUUUUUCUUUCAUUUUGUUUUUAUCGUUAAUGCCCUGAAAAGUUCCUUCCCUAUACCUCAUUGAUUAAAUGGACACUGAUCUCAUUGCUGGAAGCAAGCAAGUUCAUUUGUUAUCCUACUGAACGAGCUUUUACUGUCAAAGAAACAACCAUGUUUGCUAAA